AUCUGAAUUCAGUUUGUAUCAGAACAGCGCGAGAGGAGUAAAUAUAGCGGCAUUGGGUGGAAAAAAAGGAAAAUUGUGAAAAAGAAUAGCUUUGAAGAAAUUUAAAAAUGACGAGAAAAAAGAAUGAAAUAAAUGAAAAUGUAAAUAAUGUUGCGGUCGAGCUGCUAACGCCGAGUGAACGUGAAAGUGAAAUAUUUCGUAAAAUACCCCCAAAUGCUGGUGUAAACAUAAAAUUUACAAAUCUCUCCUAUGAAGUGCCAAUUUCCAAACCAAUUUUGAAAAAUGUUAGUGGAGAAUUUCGUGCUGGCGAAUUGUCGGCAAUAAUGGGUCCGUCGGGAUGUGGAAAAACAACGCUGUUAAAUCUUUUAGCUGGAUAUAGACUCUCGAAAACCUCUGGCAACAUCAGUGUCAACGAUAGGCCACAAAAUAAAAGCGAAUUUCGAAAAAUCUCCCGCUAUAUACUGCAAGAAGACGCCAUUAGUCCAAUGUUUACGAUCGGCGAGACGCUGCUGUAUGCUUCGAAAUUUAAAUUGGAUGCCGGCAAAACAUUGCAACAGCGCCAGCAAAUAAUCGAUGAGUAUCUCAAAAUAUUCCUACUCGAAGAUAAAGCCAAUACCAAGAUUGCCAAUAUCUCAGGGGGUGAGAGGAAACGGCUGUGUCUUGCCCUGGAGUUGUUAAAUAAUCCGGCCGUGCUAUUUGUAGAUGAGCCCACGACUGGUCUCGAUGAAUUCUCUGCCACCCAGUGUAUAACUCUGCUCAAGCGAUUAGCCAUAUCGGGUCGUACCAUAAUUUGUUCAAUUCACUGCCCCUCGGCCCGGCUGUUCCAAAUGUUCGAUAAGGUCUAUGUUUUGUCAGACGGCCAAUGCAUUUAUCAGGGCUCAGUCAAUGGCAUAGUUCCAUAUUUGAAAAAUUUCGGAUUGCAGUGUCCAAUUACCCACAAUCCAGCUGAUUACAUUAUCGAAGUGGCAACAAAUUUUCAUGGAAACUAUCAGGAAGCUCUAGUUACCGAAAUUCAAAAUGGUAAAGUCCGCAAAUGGCUUUCCAAUAGUUCGAGUGUCCCCAAUGACACCACUUCCGCAGUCACAACUACAAAUCAAAUGAAUCUCAAGGUAUUAAGGAAUAAACAGCAUACAUGGUGGUCGGAAUAUUGUAUAAUAUUAAAGAGAAACUUACAGCAAAUGUUGCGCGAUACGACUAAUAUGAAACUAAUCAUGUACACAAAUUUAUUCCUUUCGACAAUUCUGGGAAUUGCAUUCAGUAAGAUCGGCAAUAACGGCUAUUUGGGGUCGUAUAAUUAUAAUUUCGUGGUCCUAUCAACAGUUCAGUGUGUCUUUUUGUCCAUGUCACCUAUGUUGUCAUAUGUUCCCCAAGAAAUCUUGUAUCUGCGGCGGGAGCAUUUCAAUCAGUGGUAUCGACUGAGUACCUAUUUUAUGGCCUUGGUGUCAAGUCAGUUUGUCAUGUGGAGCUUUUCAACGUUGUUGGGUUCAACGAUUAUGUAUUACCUUAGCAAUCAGCCGAGACAGAUGUUUCGUUAUUUCCUCUUUGCCGGCAUAACACUUCUCACCUCCUUAAAUGGCUCCAGUUAUGGUAUUCUGGUGGGUUCACGGCUAAGAUUAUUGAACGCCCUCUUUAUGGGCCCAAAUAUGGUUGCCGUUUGGGUAAUGUUGUCCAAUUAUGCUGUGGACCGACCAACAUUACAUCCCGUCGAAUCAUUCCUAAUGUAUUCGAGUUUUAUGCGACACUCUGUGGAGGGCCUAAUGGAGACACUGUUCGGUUUUAAUCGUGCCGACUUAAUAUGUCCCGAAAAAUAUUUGUUUUGUGCCAGCGUGAAACCGCAAUUUGUUAUGAAACUAUCGGGCACUUCGAAUGCAAAUUAUUUAAGUUCAAUAUUAUUUUUAUUGGGAUUCUAUAUCGUAUUCACACUUUUGGCUUGGCUGGUGUUGAAAUGUCGUUUUUCAUCCAUGGAAUUUUUGGCCCGGAAUCGUUUCUAUCGUUAUUUGAAAUAUUUGCAAAUACGAUAUUUAUCUGUUAAGGCAAUGUGAUGGUGUAUUAUAUAAUGUGGGAGGGUACAUACUAUUGUUGUGAUAUAAUGUAAAUAUAUAAUAUAUAACAUAUAUUGUAAAUGUGUAAUUUUGUAUUACGAUCUUUAAAAUAUAAUUUUAUAAAAUAUUGAAAUAACUUGA